GUGGGGUUUGUCUGCGGCCGGUUGUUCGACCCGUGCUUGUUACAUGAUACUCCUCCUUCAGGCCGAUGUCCCAACGGCCAUAAGUAUCGCAUUCGAAAACCUCUAUCGAAGAAAACCGUUGAGCGCGUCAACCUUGCGUCUUCAAUCGAGUCGAAGGGUUCUGACGCGGACAUGCCUUGUACCUGGUGCUUCCGGAAAGGUUUGAAAUGUCGUAUGUCGGAGAAGUCUGCGCGGUGCGGGGAGUGUGUGAAGCGAGGUCGUCAGUGCGACGGUGUUUUGGUGUCGUCUUCUCUUGAGCGUCUUUCAAAAACCGAAAAGAAAUUGGAAGAUGACGAAGAGGCCGCGGAAGAAGCGCUGGCCAAAUUGCAGGAGGAUCUGUCGCACGCCGUGAAUCGCUUGCGGCGGAUUCGGCAGAUCAAGAAGAAGGUGAAGGAGCGUAGUGACGAGGCGUUUCGUCGGGGUAUCCAGGAGCUGGACGAGGAGGAUAGCUUGCUUCCUGCUCUCAAUGCUCAUGAGUAUUAUGUGGAGAGUGAUUUGGCGUUUAUGGGGGUGACUUCCGACGCGGACUGGCCCUCUUUGGGUUUAGGGGAGUUGCCGGAGGAGUCUGGUGUUGGUGAAACUGCCUCAGCAGCUGCGGGCAGUUCAAGUUCCUGAUUGGUUCCCAUGUGUUUUCUUCGUGGCCGUAGUUCUUCCACUUAAUGAGGUACUCGUCCUGGUUGUCCUUCGUUCUGUGGUCGAUGAUUCUUUCGACUUCGUAUUCGUUUGUGUCUUCUACUUCCACGCUGGUUGCAAGUGGUGCGUUCGGUGGUGCUGGUUCUAAAAGUGCUAUAUGAAAGAUGGGGUGAAUCUUCAUGUUCUCUGGCAAUGAGAGGUGGUAGUUGGUAUCCGAGAGUUUCUUGAAAAUUUUGAAAGGUCCUAGUUUUUUGAAGUCCAGUUUGUCGUUUGGUCGUUUGGUUUUUAUGUUUCGGCGGAUAAGGUAGACGCUACCUCCCUCCUGUAAGGAUGGUCCCUUCAUCCUUGUUUUGUUGGCGUACGUGGUCAUUCUGGUACGUACGAGCUCGAGGUCGAGCUUAAUUUGGUCCUGAAUCUUGCGGAUGUUGUCCGCGAUGUGGAUUGCUUUUGGUGUGUCUGGCGCUUCGCGUCGUUCUGCGUAAGCUGUGGGGUUGUACCCGUAGUUGGCAUAGAAGGGUGAUUCCUUUGUUGACUCGCUUGGUGAGCUGUUGUAUGCGAACUGUGCGAUGGGUAGUAAUGUGACCCAGUCAUCUUGUUGGUAGUUGAUAUAACACCGAAGGUACUGCUCU